AUGGUAUCACCGGUGAAGAAUCAAAUUGACUGUAAUGCAUGUUGGGCUUUUAGCGCAGUCGCAAACAUCGAAAGUCAUUUAAAAAUUCAUCUGGGAAGAGUGGAAACAUUAUCUGAGCAGUUCCUAAUAAAUUGUGAUGGCGGUGAAGCUGGUUGCGGGCCACAGAGCCUUUUAUUAACUUUUGCGCGAAUAGUGGUACAACUAGGAGGAGUUCUUCGCAACGAGGAUUAUGAACAGUACGCUGGUCAACUAAAGCCUUGUUAUUGGAAUGGUUCUCCAAAACCAGUGCCAGUUAUAGGUUUUCGAAGAGUACCAUCAAAUGAAGAUGCCAUAGCGACAUACAUUUACAAGUAUGGUCCGGUUUCAGCAGGAAUCAACUCGGCAUCAAUGGCAAAAUACGAUGGUGGGAUCGAUGAGCCUACAGACGAAAUAUGCGAUCCCAAUGACUUAAAUCACGCAAUUCUCAUUGUUGGAUUCGGCUCUUAUGAUUGUCAAAUCCUGGCUUCGGACCCAAGACCGAAACAUGAUCAUAGACAACAGUUAUUGGAAUUUUCUGUCCUGAAAUACUCAGUAGCAGCCUGUUGGGAAGUCGGCAAUGUGUACACUGAUCGUGUUGAGUUGUCGCCCCACCGGAAUAUAAGGGUUAAAGGCACAGAGUAUAUUUGUGUGCCCCACGCAAUUGAC